GCCACCCCGCUCUGGGCGGCGGGCGGCGGCGGUUCCUUAUUGAGCCAACCUGCGGGCGCCCCUCCCAUUCGCCCCCGUCGCCUCUCGGCGAUCCCGCCUCGGGGGCCGGCUCCGGGUCCCAGUAGGUGCCGCAAGGAGCCGGCGAGCAGAGCGGGGACCACAGCCACCCGGCGUCUUUGCGGCCACCUCAGCUGCCCAGGGCUCCUCUGGCUCAGGAGAGCAAGCUCUCCCUCCUUCCCUGCCUCCCAGUUGCCCCUGCCCCGUCCUCCCAUCCUCCCCCUACCCCUUCUCCCCUCUUGCUUCCCGACCUCGCCCGCCCUCCUCCAGCCGCGCUCCUCUAGCGCUCUCGCCAGGCAGCGCGCUCCCGGCCGGCGCUCGGCUCCCGGCACCCGCGGCUCCUCCCCGCGCCCGCGGGGCCUCCUGCUCGCCCCCGCGUCCCUCCCCAGCCAGCUGCGAGCCGACCGCCGCCAGGUCAUGUCAGCAUGGAGAUCCGGCAGCACGAGUGGCUCUCGGCCUCCCCCCACGAGGGUUUCGAGCAGAUGAGGCUGAAAAGCCGCCCCAGGGAGCCCUCGCCGAGCCUGACCCGAGUGGGCGCGAACUUCUACAGCAGCGUCAAGCAGCAGGAUUACAGCGCCAGCGUCUGGCUCCGGAGGAAAGACAAGCUGGAGCACUCCCAGCAGAAGUGCAUUGUGAUCUUUGCCCUGGUGUGCUGCUUUGCCAUUCUCGUUGCACUGAUUUUUUCAGCUGUGGACAUCAUGGGAGAAGAUGAGGAUGGACUCUCAGAAAAAAAUUGUCAAAAUAAAUGUCGAAUUGCCCUGGUGGAAAAUAUUCCUGAAGGCCUUAACUAUUCAGAAAAUGCACCAUUUCACCUAUCACUUUUCCAAGGCUGGAUGAAUUUACUCAAUAUGGCCAAAAAGUCUGUUGACAUAGUAUCCUCCCAUUGGGAUCUCAACCACAGUCAUCCAUCAGCAUGUCAGGGUCAACGUCUUUUUGAAAAAUUGCUUCAACUAACUUCACAAAACAUUGAAAUCAAGCUAGUGAGUGAUGUAACAGCUGAUUCAAAGGUAUUAGAAGCCUUGAAAUUAAAGGGAGCUGAGGUGACCUACAUGAACAUGACUGCCUACAACAAAGGCCGCCUGCAGUCCUCCUUCUGGAUUGUGGACAAACAGCACGUUUACAUCGGCAGUGCUGGUUUGGACUGGCAAUCCCUGGGACAGAUGAAAGAACUUGGUGUCAUCUUCUACAACUGCAGCUGCCUGGUCCUGGAUUUACAAAGGAUAUUUGCAUUAUAUAAUUCAUUAAAAUUCAAGAGCAGGGUGCCACAGACCUGGUCCAAGAGGCUCUAUGGUGUCUAUGACAAUGAAAAGAAAUUGCAACUUCAGUUGAAUGAGACCAAAUCUCAAGCAUUUGUGUCGAACUCUCCCAAACUCUUUUGCCCUAAAAAUAGAAGUUUUGACAUUGACGCCAUCUACAGUGUGAUAGAUGAUGCCAAGCAGUAUGUGUACAUUGCCGUCAUGGACUACCUGCCUAUCUCCAGCACAAGCACCAAAAGGACAUACUGGCCCGACUUGGAUGGGAAAAUAAGAGAAGCAUUAGUUUUGCGAAGUGUUAAAGUUCGACUCCUGAUAAGCUUCUGGAAGAAAACUGACCCCCUUACAUUUAACUUUAUUUCAUCUCUUAAAGCUAUUUGCUCUGAAAUAGCCAACUGCAGUCUGAAAGUUAAAUUUUUUGAUCUGGAAAGAGAGAAUGCUUGUGUAACAAAAGAGCAAAAGGAUCACACCUUUCCUAAACUAAAUCGCAACAAAUACAUGGUGACGGAUGGUGCGGCAUAUAUAGGAAAUUUUGACUGGGUGGGGAAUGACUUUACCCAAAAUGCCGGGACAGGCCUUGUUAUCAAUCAAGCAGAUGUGAGGAACAACACAAGCAUCAUCAAGCAACUUAAGGAUGUCUUUGAGAGAGACUGGUACUCCCCGUAUGCCAGAAGCUUACAGCCAACAAAACAGCCGAACUGCUCAAGUCUGUUCAAACUCAAACCCCCCUCCAACAAAACUGCCACUUAUAACACAAGUGGGAAGGACUCUGCAAGUGUAUAACAUGGGUGAACAAACUGACAGGACAGCCCCUGCUUCAUUUCUAUAAAAAGAACUUGAGGAGAGAAAAAUGACUUACUAUACUUUUUUUUAGGGAAAAAGCACACUUCUAAAAGAAUAUCCUCCAGACAACACGUAGUAUCUAACAGUAUUUUAGCAGCAAGUACACUGAAUUUAUGACUUUUGUAUUUGUUACUGACAGAGAAUGUCAUCUUAGCUUGGAAGUUGAUUUUUAUGUUUGUAUACAAAUUUUCAGAUUUGAUGUCUCUUCCUUUCUCAUUUUAGAAGGUUUCUGCUGACCCAUAAGUCAGUUCUUGGAAAGUUUAGCAUGAGAUAAGCCCUUUAACACCAUUCUGAAAAUUGCUGACUUAGCCCCGGAGAGGAGACUAAUUCAAGUAUUUAACCUUGUAAACCAUUUCCAAGACCUAUUCACUCAUCUAAGCAUGAGCAGUUUACUUCUUUCUCCAACAUCUGGAAAAUAUAUAUAUAUACUUUUUACCUUCCUGUUCAUUUCCAUCUAAUACCAGAGCUUUUAUUUUGUGUCAUUUUCUCUUCUCACAAAAUGUUCCUAUUAUAUAACAGUAACUAUAUUCACCUCAACAUUAGUUACAAGUAUGAUAAUAUCUUUUGAGAAUCUAUUUGAGAAUUCAUUAGAAUGCAUACAAAAUGGAAAUAGCAGUCUUUAAUUUUCACCUUUCAACUGCAUUUUCCUCUACCAAACUGAUAUUUUAAAACUAUAGCCAGCAAUAUGUAUUCUUUCAAGUUUAGAAAUAUUAUAUAGCCACUUGCUAAUACCCAACAAGCUAUUAAGCCGGCAUUAUGAGAAUAAGGUAGUUUUUAACAUUUUUGUUUAGUUUGUGGUUUUAUAAAGGAAAGGUCUCUGUGUGUUGCUGGAUUUUAAUUUCUUUAGAAUCAUUAUGCUAUUAAGAGUAUGCCAGCAACAUUUAUAGAACUAUUUAAUAUACCUUCUGCUAUUUAAUAUACCAAAUGCUUUUCAGGAAAAAAAUGCAACUUAAAUACUGUGCUUAACAUAUUUUACUAAGAGAAAAUAUUGAAUUAUUAUUCUAUAAUGUUGUGUGUCAUUUUAUAUCUAUAUAAUAUACAACCCUAUACUAAUAGAGACUAUUGCUAUAUGAGAGAGAAAUGGCCUCUUCAGGGCCCAGAGCAGGCAGCUAUCAGGAUGCCCAAAAUUAAGGCUGCUCCUAAUCCUCUGGCCCUGAAUAAAGUCCUGUACUCAUUGGUCUUGUGAUUCUGUUGGUAAUGUAGGGACAGUAAGUAAUAUUCACCUACCUCGCGAAGAUGUCGUCAUGGUAGGAAGUAUUUAAAACUUGUUUUGAAAUCAAAAGGACCUAUAUAAAUGCUAAGCAUUCUGAGUUUUUUUUUUUUUUUUCUUGAAGUAGUCUUGUGGGCAUCCUGACAUAAUCAGUACCAGGUCUUCCUUGAAAAAGAAAAAAAAAUUGGACUUUGAGUUGCAAACAUGGAUGAAAAGAACAUAGCAACACAAGAACCCUGCUGGAGAUCUGGGCUAUCAUUGUUUCAAUGGGACAAUUUGUAGGGUCACUUUGGCAUAAAUAACAUCAAUAUUACAUACUAGGUAAAGGAUUGCUGUUUAGGAGAAAUGGUAACGUGUGUUCUCAGAACAUGGAAGAGCAAUCCUAUAAUUACUUUAUUUCUAGAAACUUGACUUCUGUUACAGCAAAGACAGUGGUGCAGGCACCCACACAUCUCCUACAGUGGGUUUGCUUGGUAAUCCAGCAAUCACAUAACGUUCUUAUUGUUUCAAAUUAUUGUUUUGCUGGAUAUUUAACCAGGGAGUAAAGAAGACUGUGUUUUUAAUGGGUGGUAAUUUUUUUAUGAAUGAUUGGGAAAUUCUUAAUAAAUACUUUAUGAAUAAUGAUCAUCCCCUAGGACUCUAAAUAUUUACUAUAUAUCUAGUCCUUAGCAUUGUUUGUUUAUUUAUUUAUUUUUACCUGAGCACUAUUCAGCUCUGGCUUAUGGUGGUGCCUGAAAUUGCACCUGGGACUUCAGAGCCUCAGGCAUGAGAGUUUCUUUGCAUAACCAUUAUGCUAUCUACUCCUGCCCUAUCUAUUCCUUCCUGGAGUAAGAGUUAUCUUGCCAGUCAUCUAACUUACAGCAGAAGUUGACCUUGGUUAUGAUUUAUAAAAGGAAUAAAAGAAAAUGCUAAAGAUAAGGAGACAAAGAUACCAAAUUCAUUACUGGGCAGAGAAAAGCAAUUUGCAAAAGCAUCUAAGGUAGGAAUGAUGGCUGUUUCAUUAUUAGUUCUCAGGUCACCUCCUGGAUUCAUUUAUCACUUUCUUUUGCCAGCCUCUUCAAAGCCUGUGAAACAAAUGCUGACUUGGUAUAAUGAGGCUCCUUUCUUGUCGCUACCUUUGGCACACCCUAAAAGAAAAUGGCAACCUUCAUGAAAUCAUCAUUGCCAUUUCCCUCUGAGACAUAUCAAAAUGGUAUUGUGAGGAAGUGAGUACUGGGGUUUUGUGCCAUGAAUAGCUUUAGUUCUAGUAGGUGGAGACUUUGACAGUCAGGCCACUCUUCUCAGUAGCUAAAACCACACUGAGCAGCUAAAAACCAGGACAGUUCCAUAAAUGUCUUUGAUUUUGUCGAAUUCUCUUAUUCAUUUGGAUGCUUUCUCUACUCCUCUAAAAGUGGCCUUCCUCUCUUUUAGACAUUUUGUCUGUGUCAAAAAAAGCUACUGGCUUUGAUUUUCUCCACAAGUAUCCUGGGAAUUGUGUGUGUGUGUGUG